UGUUAUGGAGUUACCGUGCUCGUGAACCAGUGGUGAGUGUUGUGCACGAGUCGCGAUGUGGACGACGGUUGGUGCCUUCCUGGCUGUGGUAGCCGCUGCCAGCGCGCUGCUCGAAGGACCCAACGUUUGCACCAGACAGGAACCAUACAUAACUACGGUCAGAGUAUCAGAGCAGCAGCCAUAUCAAGUGAAAGAAUACGCUUGGUGCUUCAACUUCCCACCGCGAUGUUCAAAAUACAAAAUAAAGUUCCAGCAAAUAUUCAAGACUCAGACGCUGGUGAAACACCGACCGGUACAAGAGUGCUGUACGGGCUAUGCGCCGGACUCGAAGGGGACGCAGUGCUUGCCUGUUUGUGCCGAUAAAUGCGUACACGGGAAAUGUAUUGCUCCAAAGACGUGCGCGUGCGACCAUGGAUUUGGUGGACCUGCUUGCGAUGUUUCUUGCCCCGACGGCACUUGGGGUCGCAACUGCCAACACAAAUGCGAGUGCUUGAACGGCGGCACAUGCGAGCCACUCACUGGCCAUUGCGCCUGCGCACCCGGGUGGCGCGGCCGCAACUGCGAGCAGCCCUGCGCAAACAAUACUUUUGGCGAUAACUGUAUUGAAACAUGCAACUGCCAGAACAAUGCUAAGUGUCAAAAGGUGACUGGCGCUUGCGAUUGCCCUGCUGGAUUUACUGGACCUCUAUGCGAAGAAAAAUGUCCGACCGAAAAAGCGUGCCCACAAAAUUGUCGAUGCCAGAACGACGGCGUUUGCAAUGCGCUCACAGGGCAGUGCGAAUGUCCACCAGGAUGGACAGGAGAGGUUUGCGCUAACAGAUGUCCGUCGGGCAAGUGGGGCGAGCGGUGCGAGAACACCUGCCAAUGCGCCAACAGCGCGGGCUGCCACCACGUCACGGGAAAGUGCCAGUGUGAAGCUGGCUUUACCGGUGAAAAGUGCCUGGACGAGUGCCCGCGCGGCCGCUUCGGCGUGGAGUGCCUGGGCACGUGCGCGUGCCUGCACGGCGGCGAGUGCUCGCCCGCCGACGGCGCCUGCGCCUGCAAGCCGGGCUGGUCGGGCCCGCAGUGCGAGCGCCGCGCCUGCGCCGACGGCGUGUUCGGGCCGCGCUGCGACAAGCGCUGCGACUGCAACCCGCCCACCACCGACAUGUGCGACCCCUGGACGGGCGCCUGCGAGUGCAGCGCCGGCUGGGGCGGCGAGACCUGCGAGCGCCAGUGCCCGCUGCUCACCUUCGGCAAGGGCUGCCAGAACCCGUGCCGCUGCGAGAACGACGCGCAGUGCUCUCCCGUCAACGGUUCGUGCCUGUGCGCGCCCGGCUUCCGCGGCCGCCAGUGCGAGGAGCCGUGCCCCGCGGGCUGGUUCGGCGACAACUGCAAGUACCAGUGCGACUGCCAGAACAACGCCACCUGCUCGCACGAGACCGGACAGUGCACCUGCAAGCCGGGAUAUGACGGUUUGAAAUGCGACCGUCCGUGCAAUGGAAAAACAUACGGGCUCGGAUGCCGCCAAGUGUGCGAGUGUGAAAAUGACGCCCCUUGCAACCCGGUGAACGGCGAGUGCGUGUGCGCGCCGGGCUGGCUGGGCGCGCGCUGCGGCCAGCGCUGCCCCGCCGGCUACUUCGGCCAGGGCUGCGCCAGCGCCUGCAACUGCUCGGGCAGCGCCGUGGGCUGCCACCACCAGACGGGGCAGUGCAUCUGCGAGUCCGGCUGGAGAGAUGUUCUCCGGAGCGCCCUCGUGUACGACACCAAUUGCGAGGACUCGAACGUCACGGUUCUGUAUCGAACUAACGGGGUCCGACCGGCCGGCGACGGAGACCCCGAAGGAGAGGCUUUCCAAUUUCUGUAUUUGAGGAAGAAAGGGGCCGCGGGCACGACCGCGUCGCGAAGGGGUUACGGCGAUGAUUUUGACAAAAGCGUGUUGAGAUUAAUCGGGAAACAUAUCGCGAGAAAAAGUCACGAGGCUUUUCCGCCGGGCGAGGAAAUCUCCCAGGUUCUCAUCAACCAUUGCAUGACGUUCCACUUGAACGGCAACCGGAACCCGGACGCUGUAUUGACGACCGCCGCGGAGUUCCUCAACCAUCUAAACCUAGCGAAAGUGAAUGCUUUCGUAGCUUCGGUAGACAUCAAAGACGAGUUAUUGACGGGAAACUCAAAUAUUUGGGAAGUCUCUCUCGAGGAAGGAAACGUGCACCCGACUUAUUUGUUUUCAGGAUACGUGGCUAAAUUAGAAAAUAUAACAAUUUCCCGAGUGCACUGCGAGACGCAGUGCGCCGAGGGGCUGUACGGCGAGAACUGCUCGGCGCGCUGCCCGUGCGUGAACAACUCGUCGUGCGACGCCGCCACGGGCCGCUGCGUGUGCGCCGCGGGCUGGGCGGGCGCCGACUGCAGCCAGCCCUGCCCGCCCGGCACCUACGGCGCGGGCUGCACGCAGCUGUGCCCCGAGUCCAGCCCUGGUCGGUUUCCACUCCUGCGGCGCUCGGGCGCGCAGGCCGCGUGCGACCCGCUGACGGGCGCGCGCCCGUGCCGCAGCGGCUACUCGGGCCCGGCCUGCGAGUACCCCUGCCCGCUGGGCAGCUUCGGGCGCGGCUGCCGCGGCCGCUGCGCCUGCCGCAACGGCGCCGACUGCCACCACGUGAGCGGCGCCUGCCAGUGCCUGCCGGGCUGGCGCGGGCCGCGCUGCAGCGACGCCUGCGCCGCGGGCUGGUGGGGCGCCGGCUGCCUGCAGCCCUGCCGCUGCGCCGCGCGCGCGCAGUGCCGCGCCAACGACGGCUACUGCCGCUGCCCGCCCGGCUACAAGGGCACGCACUGCACCGAGUUCUGCCCUGACGGCUACUACGGCGACCACUGCAUGACGCCGUGCAACUGCCCCGCCGACGGCAGCUGGCAGUGCGACCCCAUCAAGGGCUGCGUGUGCGCCCGCGGCUACAUAGGCGCCAAGUGCGACGAGCCCGCCUCCAGCGCUGUCGUCGUCGACAAGGCCGCAGAGGGCGGACAUACUGGCCUGACGGUGCUAAUGGUCCUGCUGGCGAUGGUGAUGGCGGCGGUGGCUGUGCUGGUGCUGCUGUACUACCGCAAACGCGUACGCAGGCUCAAGCAGGAAAUCGCACACGUCGUCUACACCGUAGACCCUGCCGCGCAGCCAGAGCAACAACACUUCGACAACCCGGUGUAUUCGUACCAAGGGUCGCAACGCAGCGAUGACUCCACAACUUUACUCAACAACCAUCUCAUCAACAACCUUGGCACUUCCAGUAAGAUCAACAACGCUACCCUCGAAAAGCUUCGCAUAAGACCUGCGGGGUCUAACGAUUCAAACGAUCCACUAUCUCAUUUGAAAAACAAGGAUGCAGAUUCUACGAAUCCUAACUUAUAUCAUUGUAUUGAUGACGACAAAUUGGACCACGUUUAUGACGAGAUUAAACAUAAAGAAGGUUAUGAAAUGGAGUACGACCAUUUGAACUAUACCCCGCCGACAAACAAAUGGAAGCAACAUUACCAGCGAAUGGCCAACGGCUUCACCGUGCCCAACGGCCAACCCGCGACCGCAUCGCCCGCGUCGGUCCCGCCGAUCCCUCCGCUGCCGAAAGUAAACAUGGCCCCCAUACCGCCGCGAAGAGAGGAGGAGCCCCUCACCGGCCCGACGCCUCCGAAGAGGGAGGAAGUGGUGACCGUCAGCGACGGGGAGGAGACUACGCCGUGACCCGAGGACUGGGCGAAAUUGUUCGAUGAUAUUAUGGGCGAGUGAGUGCUUGAAUAUACUGUGCGAAAACGUGUUCCUUAUGCAACUGAUAUUAGGCUCCUUUUAAAGUCCUGCUUUCUCGCGAAUUUUCUAUAGAUAAGAGUUGUAUAUAAACUUUCGAUGCGGUCGACGAGGAAACGGGGCAAAAGCCGUGUGGCAGCGUUGCUCCACAACACAAGUCGACGCGGGUUGUAACAUAAUAAUCCAACGAUAUAGCUAGGACUUAAAUUGUUUCCCAAAUAGGAAAUAACGAUGUAAGAUUUUUAUAUCACGGUUUUUCAUUUGUUUAUGUUCCCUUUUACUUAAGGUGUUACAACAAUUAUAUACCGUCGUAUUUUUAGUUACAGAUAAUAAACUGACGUUUAGUAGGUUGUUAUUUUUAUGAAAUAGAAGUGGUAUUGUUGUAUGUAAAAUAAAAAAAAUAUAGAGGUAUAACUAAAUGUAAAUUAAUUAUU